CUGCUUGGCCCAGCCGCCGCCAGCACCCCUGGGGUGAACAGUGUGAUGGUCUUGGGCGGGCUCGGCCUGCGCUGUCCCCGUCCUGUGCCAGCAGCGGGGAGUAGCCAGGCGCUGGGAUGUGCCUGUGUCCCCCUUAGAUCUGGGCUGCAUCUGCCCUCUGGGGUAAAACCCUCUGGUUAAGACCAUUCCCCCUCGUCCUGUCGCCGCAUGGCAUCACUUGGAGCUUUUCCGGCUGAGCUGCCUCUGGGCGGUGCAGGGGAGCAGCCCUGUCCUCCUGUCCCCCUUUAAUCCUGUGUGCUCAUCUGUUUGUAAAACAGGGCUGAGACCCACCCUCGGUAUCCUCUGCCCAGGUGGGGGUGGGAUGUUGUGUGCCGACUUUGACUCGGUAUCCUUGAUGUUUUGUUAAGGACACCCUGGGCCUCCGAUUUUGGUGUCUGGGGGCUGCUGUGGUGCCUUGUUCUGCCAGGUGCACCCCGUUCCUGCCUCUCUGGGUGCUGGUGCUUCCUUCCUGUGUGUCGGCUGAGCCGGGAAGGGAGACACUCCUAGCCAGCGAGUGCCUUGCUUCUAUUAAUAGAAUUAGAAGUCCUGGUCUGGUGUGUCCUCAGCAUGUUCUUGGCAAUCUCCCAAUAGCAGCUGUGAUGGUAAAACAAGAUCUAAGCCUGGCUUGGAACAGCCUCUGCCAGCAGCUGUGAUGCCUUGGGCACAAGACUCUGCUUAUCACAAGCAAAGUGCUUCUACAUCCCUUUCCCAUGGGACAAGGGGAGGAGGAGGCAUUCCCCUGUACCAGUAGGAACAUGGAGGAGCCCCUGGGUCCCCAGGACGAAGAGGCAUCCUCCCACACAGAGGUGCCUGGGUAUCCAGACAAAAGGACACACAGAAGAGUUCUGGGCAAGCGGUGCGGUCCCUAUCUAGCGUACAUCCUGGUGGUGGUUGUGGUCCUAGCUUUGGCUGCCGCUCUUCCUGUACAAUCAGCAGGGAGACAUGAAGGCUGUCCAACUCUGGUGCUGGCCUGUCCUGACGACUGGGUUGGGUAUCGCAAAGUCUGCUACUACCUCUCGAAUGAGGAGGGGAGCUGGGAGUGGAGCCAGGAGUGGUGCUCCUCACACGGGGCCUCGCUGGCUGUGCUCCAGAGGGAGUGGGAAAUGGAGUUUCUCUUGCGCCUCAAGGGCAACACUGAUGUCUGGCUUGGGCUGCGGAGACAAGGCGAGCGCCUGGAGUGGGUGGAUGGCAGCAGCUUCAACCAGAGGAUCCCGGUGCAGGGCCAAGAACCGUGUUUGUUCCUGAAGGACCAUGAUCUCUGGAGUUCAAGCUGCUCAAAGCAACGGCCUUAUGUGUGCAGCAAGGCCUCAGUUCUGAUGGGAACCACGUGAGGGAGCUGGUGGAGAAAGGUCCUUCCCGGUGCUGGGGACUGUUGGGUUUACGUGGCAAGGGUUUGGUAGUGGGGGGCUUCUCUGAGGAGAUGCCAGGAGCUGCCCCCGUGUUGGAUGGAGUCACUUCCAGCUGGCUCCAGGACGCACUCACUGCUGGCCAAGCAGUGUGUUUGAACCGUUAGAGUAAUUGUCGUUAAUUCUCUGCACGGUACUCAGGAGUAAAAAGUUAACCUCACCCUAACGCACUGAGUGGGCUGGGCCAUUAAAAUUGGUGACAGCCAAUGUG